AUGUCUCGUCGAGCUGAGCGUGGAGAGACCGACUUGUCCCGUCCAUUGGAGAGGAGGUCUAGGCCCUAUGAUGAGGAAGGUCGCAGGUCAGACUACCGGAGACCCCUGAUGCCCCCUCCGGGUAACGACCCUAGAGGCCCCAGAGGCCUCCCUCAGCGUAGGAGAGGCAUUGCCAUCGACAGAGCCCAGACAUGUCCUUUCCUCCUUCGAGUCUUCUAUCGUAUGGGGUCUCAUCACAAUGACAGCGACUUUGCCAAACUUGGAGAACUGCCGGUUGACGAGGAGCUUCAGGUCUACACCUGGCCAGACGCCUCCCUCAGGGAGAUCUCUGGUACAGUCCUCUAA